GCCACCAUAUACACUUAUAGUUGGUUUCGGAGCAUCCACACAUUCUAUUAAAUUAGCACACCCAAGAAGACAAUAAGGCUGCAUCGUCGCCGAGGGUGCGGUAAGGACCAUCCAAUCUCGUAUGUCCAUAGGCCAAUGGUCAAAAAUAAAUUAUGAUAUGCCACUCAAAUACGCAAUACAACGGACAUUUUGGCUCAAGAUGAGAUAUACAAUUACACUUAGCUGUCGCCACCACCCAUCAAUACCCCUUUCUAGACGUCCCAAGUGCUGCCCAGAAAAACGAUGGUGUCCCGUCGUCGUCGAAUUAUUCCCAAUGAACUCGCCAUAGAAUCUCUUCCAGAGCAUCAGGGAAUGUCCUCAACCUCUCUUCCGCGGAAAGAAAAUGCGCCUCCUCCUAGUCCUGCUCAUGCUAUUCUCCCUCGCCGCAUCACCAUCAUCAUCGUCACCUCUCCCAGCCAAGCCCAAGAAACUCGCCGGCGGCAAAUCAACCCAAUCCAAAUUCAAAUUCAAGUCCGACAACAACAACAACGACGACGACGACGACAACUACCACCAGCACCAGCAGCACCACGAUCCCAAGUACUUCCACGAAGCGGGCGGCACGAUGGAGCUCGGGCACUACGACGCGCGGUUCUUCCGCGGGGAGGUGGGGUACGGCGAGCACGGGGCGGCGCUGCGGCGGCUGAUACGCGCGUGGCUGGCGACGACGCGGGAGCUCGGCGUCGACACGUGGCUCGCGCACGGCACGCUGCUGGGCUGGUGGUGGAACGGCCGCGUGAUGCCCUGGGACUACGACCUCGACGUCCAGAUGCCCACCGCCACGCUCACGUACCUGGGCCGCCACUUCAACCGCACGCUGCACGACUACCGGUUUCUCGUCCGGGAGCGGGGGGAGGACGGCGGGAUGGGGGGUGGUGGAGGGGGAGAGGAGGACGAAGACGAGGAGAUUAUACCCGGUAGUGGAAAUAGCGAAAGCGAAAGCGAAAGCGAAAGGGCUAGCUCGAGCCCGGGCUCGGGACUGACAUACAUCAACAAGACGUACCUGCUGGACGUGAACCCGCACCACACGGAGCUGACGCGGGGCAACGGGGCGAACGUGAUCGACGCGCGGUGGAUCGACGUGGGCACGGGGCUGUUCGUGGACAUCACAGGGCUGGCGGAGCGGGACGCGGCGGGGGCCCCGGGGGUCUGGAGCUGCAAGAACGCGCACCGGUACCGCACGCGCGAGAUCUACCCCGUCCGCCGCACCCAGUUCGAGGGCGUCCCCGCCCUCGUCCCCUUCGCCUUCGACAAGAUCCUCACCGACGAGUACGGCGCUAAGAGCCUCGUGAAUACCGAGUGGGCUGGACAUCGCUGGGUGCCGGAGCUCAAGGAGUGGGUUAAGAAGCCACCGUCGUCACCGAACGGGAAGGGAAAGGGAAAGGGAAAGGGAAAGCAGGUGAAUGCGGUUACGAAACAGCAGCAGGAGCAGCAGCAGGAGCAGCCGCCGCAAGAUGGGAACGCUGUUGUGGUGGUUGUGGAGAAGACGGUUGUAAAGGGGGCUCAAUAA